AUGACACGGCGCCGCAAUGGACCCAAUAGAAGCGUGGAACUUCUCUUCGAGCCAAAGGAGUUACAAGAGUUCCAGGCUAAGGUUGAUACGCUGCUGGAAGAAUCGAAACGAUUGCAGACUACGGCGGAGAAAGCGCAGCGAGCGAUGUUGAGCUCUCGAGCCGCCGACGCACUUGCCGUGGGACUGGCUGUUGCUGAAUUUCAGGAAUAUCUCGGCAUGUUUGGAACGCGGCUGUCGACAGUGCCGGUGGUCAACGAAGAUACGAUGCAAGAGUCUACGCGGAACAAAGUGACGAUCGGAAAUAUUCCGGCUCACUACACUCGUACCGAUGCCAUCAAGAAGCGAAACGUUGCAAGUCAGACGGCCGCUCUUCCUGCGGUCGCCGUGAACAAAGGAAAUAAGCUUGAGAAGAAGUUGCUGAAGUCGAGCAAAAAGCAGAGUCUCUCGCAUCUUGCCGAGCUUGCCGUGGCGCCUGUCGUCAAGCCGAAAUCGAAGAAGGAUGUCGUCACUGUAACGGUCAAGCAUAGGAAGCCCAAGCUCGUAUCGGAAUCGAGGGAUUGGAAAGGAGAGCAGCAUGAACUCGUCUUUGCAUAUAUGGAAUCAGCUGAAGCGGCCAUAAAUCUCGUCCGCCAAUUUCAGCGAAACCCUCCGGCCCAACUCGCCGCUUACAACGUCGUCUGGGAAAUCGCCGGAACCAACGCUUGGUCGAGGCUUUAUGCC